AUGGAAUUCAAAUUCCUGUUGAUUACCUUGAUGGUGGCGAUAUUUUUUGCUCAGUACGAAGCUUCAUCAAAGACCUGUCCUCGCUGGGUGAAACUGAACAAGUCGCCGGUCUGCUUCGGUGCGCGGGGAAACCAGUUUGGUCGUUUUUCCUACCAACAAAACAUCUUUGUGAGCUCGUUCAUGCUCGUGCACCGCUCGGGAAAGGUGACGUGUAACAAAAGUGACAAAAGUCACUACAGCUACUGGGGAUGUCUACCAAAUCACGAAGGACUGAUUGUACUCUUGACUGAUCAGAACAACAAGAUACUGGCUCCAGAAGCAUCAACUGUUAGUAAGGGUGGAUGGUACAAUCUGGCCGGAUACAGUUCUUCCUCCUCAGUCCUUGUGUUCUGUGCCAAAAACAAGCCUCUCGUUGUCUUUGCUAACAGCGAGCUGCGUCUUUGGUAUGGCGAAGAUUGGGUGGACGGCACCGAAAGUGAUAACGGCGGAAAGUCUUGCGCAGAUGUGUAUGGUCUAUUGGCGUAAACAAACAACUAAGAUCGAGAUGAACACCUCGAAAACAACUAAAACUAGUCUAAAACUGACUAUCGUGAAAAAAGCGCAGAGCUUUGUAGUUAUUUGUUAUGUUAAUGACUCAAUAAACUGAUCUCGAGGUAUAAUGAAUGUUUCCUCUGAAAUGUCUGCGGCUAACAUGGCUAAAACACCUCCCAAGCAUAGCGGGUCGGUUUUUUUGUCACUCAGUCUUCACGGCUUACUAUAAGUUUCUUGCAUGACAGUGGAGUAUUCGAACUCCGACAGUAAAACCUUACUGAAUAAUAUGAAUACCCUGCCAAGAGAGAAAUGAGUUCUCUCUUGUGCGCAGUAUAUACCUAGACAUACGUGAUUCUCAGAACUUCGCGAGUACUUUAUAGGGCAAACGUUAUAAAGGGAAGAAGUAAGAAGAAAGGAAAAGAUUAGACGGCAAAAGGGAAAAAAAUAUAUACAAAUAUAAAAUAUACAAUAUAAAAACAAAAUAACAAAAAAAUUCAACAACAAAAAACAAAAAGGAGGUACUGAGAAAAAAUAAAAAUGAAAAGAAAUGAGGCUCUUCAAUUCCAAAGAUUUGAACCUAGCAUACGUCGUUUGCCGUGGCGAUUUUUUACCACUAUGCUACCUGAGAAUGCCAUUUAUUUUUGUCAAUAACAUUUCAUUUUUAAAGCUACUCCCGUGGAACUUCCGCCGGCAAGGGCUGAUCGAGCCUCGUACAGUUUGAUCGCAAAACCUAAUGUUUUCUUGCCUCGAUUUACGCUCAUAUCUUAAAGCUAAAUGGUCCAAAUCGCUUCCAUCUGAUCGCAAUUUUCUCUCUUAUCCAAAUUUUGCAGCGGUUUUUAAAGCGACUGUGGAUUGCCGAUGGCAUCGAAACAUCUUCGUGAGCUCCGAAAAAUUUAUAGUAACUAUUCUGGUAGAUGUCGAUCCGUAAAAAAAAAACACUUGCCAGCGUGUGGCACGACAUUUUUGCGGGACUUUUUUUCAGUUUGCAGGACAGAGCCUCGUUCAGUCUCUCGUAAGGCCUGCCCGAGUCCCGAAUUUAACUACCGUUCGAAAAAAGAUCCCACUAGAAAUAGGUCGAAAUAGCAUCUUCGAAGAAAUGGACUUUAAGGGCAACAGGAGUAAGGACAUAGGACAAAUGAAGAAUUGUUGUAGUUGUUGUUGAGUGAAAACUAAUUAUAUCGUAGAGGAAAAUUUUGGUCUUUUUUGAAUAAGUAGCCUACAAAGAGGGUCUCAAUGGGGUUAAACGUCAGCUGUCAAUAUGCCUAACAUUUAACUGUCUGCCGUCGAAAAAGGUUCAUUUUUUACCAUCAGCCAUCAAAAAUACAGAUUAACAUUAACCGUCAAAAAGUUUCAUGAUAUUGCAAAUCUCACUAUCUCAAGCUAUCUCAGCUGAUCUCCACAAACUUCUGGCUGCUGAAGAAUCUCUAAACUGGGAAAACCAGUUUCUAUGUUUGCAAAAAGACCACCCCUAGUCAUUACAAGACCUUACAAUUUGCAUAUAUCUGAAAAUAUUUCGAAAUUUCAUGAGCGAAAAGCAAAAAGAAAUCUCCAAAACACAACAGUUUAUAUUAAUUUAAACUGAGAGUUAUAUUUAAACUCUUGGACUAAAUUUCCACUUAAUUUACCGUCAACAGUCAAAAGGUCUAUAAUCCAGGUAAAAUUUAACCACCGUCAAAGCUACCACCCCAUUGAGACGCUCUAGAACAAGGCCAGAAUAUAAAACACCAGACCCCCUUUUCUUGAAAUAAUCGAUAACGUUGCGGGUCCGAAGUAGUAAAGUAUUAAAAUCAAAAUCAAAAUAAAGAUCUUUAGCGCCGGUCCUAGCUGUCAAAUCAGUCCCUCAGUUUGCUUUCUUAAGUGAUAGUUUCAUUCAUAAACCUUGAUCUCGAAGGUAAACACUGCGUAGUAGCUUUCCGGGCAUGGGUAUUGUCAAGGCUCUCGAGAAUGGGCCCUAGGACUGGUACAAGGGAACAUUCCCCUUACCGUUUUCCCUGUUUACUUACUGUUAAAAUUUGCUUCCGGUUUCAGUCAUGUAUUUUGUAUCAAUCGCUUUGCAUAGAUCACGUCCGCGCUAGUCGUCUCGUUUGUUACCUGUGGCCUCUAAAAAGAACUCUCGCAAGCGUCUUUGUCCUGCUUGCAAAGUAGCUGCUCCUCACCACGAUUUUGGCCUGUUGAACAAGUACUGCACCGGCCCGAUACAGUGGAAAGUGAGGACCCGGGAGCGAGGAAAUCGCUGAAGCAAUUGAAACUGCCGGUCUCAAGCAAGUGGAAGAAAAUAUCCGAGAACUUUGUGCCUCACUGAUGCAAUCGGGGUUACACAAAUGAAAACCAAAAUAUUACCGCUCAGAUUCUCAUUAGCAUCAGGCAGUACUGAAAAAACACCUAGCCUUCCACUGACAACGCGUUGAAACACUAGCAUUCUUGGAGCACUUUUAUAGUAGUGACUGAAGGGUACGAUACUGUGAGGUUCAAUAUGAGAUGCAAUGGUCAGAUACCGUACAUUUUUCGUUGCUAUAUUUGUUGAUCAUAAUUGGCUCCAUUAUUCACGCUAGAAAGAAACUAUCUUAAAACUUUCAUUUCCUUCAAAAACUAUUUAAUGUUCUUUUCGAGUCACUGGCCAAAAUGAAGAUAGGAUUUAUGCAUUUGGCUCAGUGUUUGAAUCGUAACUCUUCAUCAAAACAGUUUAUAAAUUUAGUAAAUAUAGAGAGUUCCCAUUUUCCUAUGUAAGUUUAGACUGGGCCAGCUAAUUCACAUCCACGAAUCGACACGAAAGCCAGAAAAUGUAUUCAUACCCGAAAAAAGUUGCGAUAGAAAAUUGAUGAAAAAUAAUAAUAAUAAAAAACUAUGCCCUUGUUUUGCUUGUUUUUAUAUUUUUUUAGCUCAAAUUCAAGUGAUGGAAUUCCAAUUCCUGUUUUUAAAGAGUUAUUUUAAGUUGAAUAAGGAAGUUAUUUCAAGAGAAACAAGAAGAAGCAAUUUUAUAUACUUACCUGCAGUAAGAACUGAGACCGCCAAGAAAAGUUUUUAGUAUAAUGGCUCAGUUGUGUAUAAUAAUUAUUUAGUAAAUAAGAAUUAGUUUUAAUUGUUAUACUGUACUAUUAUUAACUUAUAGUUACUUAGUUUCUUAUUAUUUAUUUUGAACUUUUUUAUUAGUCUUAAUUUAGGGCUCCUAUUGAUAACAGAUAUACUUUUAAGUAUUCUGAAGGGAUUACCCUAGUUAAAUAAAGGUUUACUACUACUAUUGCCAUAUUGGUGCCGAUGUUUCCCGUCCCCAAUGAAGCACCUCCUCGCUAGGUGAAACUCAACAAGUCACCUGCCUGAGUCGGCGCCAAUGGAGACUACUUUGGCCGUUUUUCCUACCCUAAAAACAUCUUCGUGAGUUCGUUCAUGCUCGUGCACCGCUCAGGAACUGUGACGUGUGACAAAAAAGACUACAGCUACUGGGGAUGUGCUCCUGAUGUAAACCUUUUUAGUGUCCCGUUGACCUAUCAGAACAACAAGAUACUGGCUCCAGAAGCAACACCACCUGUCGGCAAGGGUGGAUGGUACCCAUCUGGCCGGAUCAGGAGCCGAUUACAAUUCUUCGUCCUCGGUCCUUGUGUUCUGUCCCAAAAAGAAGCCUCAAUGUGUCUUUGCCAAACGUGA